CAUCAAAAACAAAAUAAAUUCAGCUUUCAUUGUUCAACAGAUCCAAAGCUGUAAAAAAGUUUUUAGCCGGCUUUGCAGUUAACUCAUUCAUUAUUUUGUUUUUCAUUGUACUGAGCAAUUCAAAGCAUUAGUUUUCUUAUUGCUACACUUCUAAGUAACUAAUUCAAUACAGUAACCAACAUGAACACCUGGCUGCCAUUGGAAUCCAACCCGGAGGUACUCAACAGUUAUUUGGGGAAACUGGGUGUGUCACCGUUGUGGAAUAUUGUCGACAUCUAUGGAAUGGAUGAUGAGUUGUUGGCUUUUGUUCCUUCUCCGCUUAAAUCGUUAAUUUUCCUGUUCCCGUGCUCCGAUAUCUAUGAGGAAUUCCGCGCCAACGAAGACGAAGAGUUGAAAGCCAAAAAUAUUCAACAUCCAAAAAACUUGUUUUACACUCGCCAAUAUGUACAUAAUGCAUGUGGGACAAUUGCUCUGGUUCAUGCCAUACUAAACAAUCCGGAUAUUGAAUUGGAAGAGGGCAGUGUUAUGAAGAAGUACUACGAUGCUACAAAAGAUAAAUCACCGGAAGAGCGUGGCAAGGCACUGGAACAUGAUUCUGGAUUUAUUGAAACACAUGAAAGUGUGGCUAACGAAGGCCAAACUGCAGCCCCAGAUAUUAACGUUAAGGUUUUCCAUCACUUUGUUGCAUUUGUUCACUUCGAGGGAAAACUGUACGAAUUGGAUGGAAGAAAAAAUUUCCCCGUCGUUCACGGUGAAACUGAUCCGGAGAAUUUACUGAGAGACGCCAUAGCCGUGUGCAAAAAAUAUGUUGCUCGAGAUCCCAACGAGGUACGCUUUACUUUGCUAGGACUGGUUCCCACACAGUAGAGGUAGAAUCUUUUUAAAACAAGGUUCGCUUUUGACAAACCUUAUAAAAAUCUCACGAGCAACGGUCGAAAUGGACUGCCGUACUUGAACUUUUAGCUUAUGAGUGUAUUUCGGAACAAUAAGUCUGCUUUUUGUGAAUAUAUUUACGAAUAAAUUUGAAUUUGGAUUGUA